AUGGUCCAUGGCGAUCUACCACACACGUCCAUCAUCCAUCAUGCUCCUGGAUGGACGCUCUUCCGAAAUCUGUACAUGUCUAACGGCACCCUAUUUCUUCUCUCUUCGAAUCGCUCUUUUCCAGAGUUCCGUCUAAUAACCAGCUCUGGCCUACCUUCAGAGAACACACCAGGAAAUGUCGCAUUGCGCGAGCCGACUUUGCAACAUAUGAAUUAUAUUACUCCUUUAGAGGCUCAGCAACGUUGGGGAGGAGCGGCAAGGAAUCGCGUAUCGACAGUGGAUGGGAAUACGCUGCUUGUCAACGAACCGAGUCAAUUUCUAGGACACUUCUAUCACUUCGUCGCUGAGCUCUUCUUUGGCGUGCAAGCCUUCUGGUACGGGGCCUUCCCGGCAGCUUCCGUUGCUAAUACCAAUUCUGCGAAAUUCACCCAUGCCGCCCCACCCACACUGGACCGACUCAUAUUCGCCAAUAGUGAUGGGAACGGAUGGCGCGACUACCCUGGAUUCAACGCGUACUUUUUGCGCGCAGCGUUCCCCUCGCUUGCCAUUGAAGACAGACGGGAUUGGGCGGACCGAAUAGCAGCUACUUCAGGCUCGUCUGUUGAUCGUGCAUGGCAUUUCCCGCUCGUUCUCCUUACUGAUCGGAGCGCGGCGCAUCGUGGUGUGCUGUGCGGGAGUCAGACGCAGCGGAUUGCAUCUGAGGCGUGGGAGUACAUGCGCGAGCGGUCUGGGGUAUUGGGAUUCACGGUUGGUGGGUGGUGGGAACCCGUUCGUGCGUCUGUGUUGAAGUUCGCUGGUCUGGACGUCGUCAGGUGGGAGGGGGACGACCUCCCGAUGCCGGAUAAGGCCGUCAUCACGUAUAUCAGUCGGCAGGGUACUCCGAGGAGGAGGCUCACGGAUGAGGCGCAUGACUCGUUGGUAACGGCUCUGCAAGAAUUGGUUGAGAGGAAAAAGGAAGAAGGCUGGGAACUCAAUGUGAUACAGGCUGAGCGCAUGUCGAGGGAUGCUCAGCUACAUGUUGCGGCCCGGACGACGAUCCUCCUUGGAGUGCAUGGAAAUGGACUGACGCAUCUUCUAUUCAUGCCCCCUACGAGGGUGUCCACGGUCAUUGAGAUCUUCUAUCCUGGGGGAUUUGCACACGAUUAUCACUGGACGACGCGAGCGCUCGGAAUGUCGCAUGUCGCGGUGUGGAAUAAUACUUAUCGCACGUAUCCGAACGAGCCUGUCGUCGGCUACCCCGAAGGAUUUCAAGGAGACAAUAUUCCGGUCCAUGGACCAACGGUCGCACAGAUAAUCGAGGAGCGUGUUGCCGGAAGGUUUUGA